AUGGGAGAUAGAAAAGACUUAAUGAACGAAGCUUACGAUGCUGGAAUUCUCACCCUUGGUGCAGUCGCUGUAUCCGUGGUAAGCAAAAAAUUUGCAGGUGACAGUCUGGGAGAUACUAGUAAUCCGAAACGAAUCAUGAAACUAGCAAUGGCUGUUGGAGUCGGUGCGCUUGGCGUUCACUAUUUACAAACCAAGAAAAUAGUACCCGAUGAGAUCCAUUCCAUUAAACCGUAUCACUAAAAUAAAAGAAGAUGGCAAGUGUUGUAGUUGGAGGAUUAUUUAACGCAGUUGCAUUCGCAGGAGCCGGAUAUCUGUUCAGUAAAUUAAACCAUGGCGGUUACGAAGACGAAAUGAAAAGACACAACAAAGCGUUGGAAAAGUUAGCCAAAGCCAAAGAAAAAUGGUAUGAAAGACAAGUAGAAAAAAAAACCCAGAAUAGCAAUACUCAGACAGGAACUAGCUGA